GUUUCCUCCACCGGCGUGAGGGUAUUUCGGCCCUUGGGGUUUCGGUGCCCAGCACCUCGCCUUCUCCUCCUCCGUUCCCGAGCGGGUUCGCAGUCUCCCGAGUCCUCCGCGCUGCCGGCCACCGGCUCUCUGCCGCGGCGUGACUCUCAGGGCCAAAAUGAGUCUAUUUGGGACAACCUCGGGUUUUGGAACUAGUGGGACCAGCAUGUUUGGCAGCACAAGCACAGAUAACCACAACCCUAUGAAGGAUAUUGAAGUAACAUCCUCUCCUGAUGACAGCAUUGGUUGUCUGUCUUUUAGCCCACCAACCUUACCUGGGAACUUCCUUAUCGCAGGAUCAUGGGCUAACGAUGUUCGCUGCUGGGAAGUUCAAGAUAGUGGACAGACUAUUCCAAAAGCCCAGCAGAUGCACACAGGGCCUGUCUUAGAUGUCUGCUGGAGUGAUGAUGGGAGCAAAGUAUUUACAGCAUCAUGUGAUAAAACUGCCAAAAUGUGGGACCUCAACAGCAAUCAAGCAAUACAGAUUGCACAGCACGAUGCCCCUGUGAAGACCGUACACUGGAUCAAAGCGCCCAACUACAGCUGUGUGAUGACCGGCAGUUGGGAUAAGACUCUGAAGUUUUGGGAUACACGAUCAUCAAAUCCUAUGAUGGUUUUGCAGCUCUCUGAAAGAUGUUACUGUGCCGAUGUGAUCUACCCUAUGGUUGUGGUGGCCACUGCAGAGAGAGGACUGAUUGUCUACCAGUUAGAGAACCAACCAUCCGAGUUCAGGAGGAUAGAGUCUCCACUGAAGCAUCAGCAUCGAUGUGUGGCUAUUUUUAAAGACAAACAGAACAAGCCGACUGGUUUCGCCCUGGGAAGCAUCGAGGGGAGGGUUGCUAUUCACUACAUCAACCCCCCAAAUCCCGCCAAAGAUAACUUUACCUUCAAAUGUCACCGCUCGAACGGAACCAAUACCUCAGCUCCUCAGGACAUCUAUGCGGUAAAUGGGAUCGCGUUCCAUCCUGUCCACGGCACGCUUGCCACGGUGAGGUCGGAUGGCAGAUUCAGCUUUUGGGACAAAGAUGCCAGAACGAAACAACUAAAAACUUUCGAACAGCUCAACCAGCCGAUAGCGGCUUGCUGCUUCAAUCACAACGGGAACAUAUUCGCCUACGCCUCCAGCUACGACUGGUCAAAGGGACACGAAUUUUAUAAUCCCCAAAAGAAAAAUUACAUUUUCCUGCGUAAUGCAGCCGAAGAGCUAAAACCCAGGAAUAAGAAGUAGCGGCCCGAGACUUCUGGGUUGUCCAGAGUUGUUUCCUCUCCACUCUGCCUCGUCUUUGUACGGAUUCGGGUCCCGGUGUUUGGUCGGUUGUCAGCCCUGGAUGUGGACUCACGCCCUGGAGAAAAUGUCCUCGAUCGCAGUCAGGAGCCCCGCCGGCCACGAUGACUGUCCAUUCCACUGCCUGUUACAGAGUUCUGUG